AUGUGGAAGCCAUCAGAGAGUCUGAUGGCAACCAUCAGGCACUAUGCGAGCUUCCCCGCAACUGGGGUGUCGCUGAGGCAGAUGGUCCAGUUUGGCGACCGACCCUCAACUGGCACUCUCUUCCGCGCCUCGCAGUUCCUCUCCGAGGAGCUCCCCAUCCGGCUCGCGCACCGAGUCCAAGAUUUGGGUGAACUUCCCGAUGGACUCAGUGCCAUGCCCUCCAUUAAGAAAGUCCAGGAUUGGUAUGCCCAAUCAUUCGAGGAAAUCAUCACACUUCCCCGACCAUCGCUCACGCAAGAAGUCAAAGAUCGUCUCUUGCGUCCCGGUCGCGCCAAUGGUUCCUUCCAAUCCAAAAUUCUCUCGGAGGCCACCCAAAACCCUAGUAUUCGGGAGGGCCAAUACGCCUCGGCCACAACAGCCAAUGGCUCCCUAAACGGCCACAGUAAAUUGACUGCCGCAGCCGCCACUGGCCGGCGAUAUUUCUUCCCGGCAGAUGGAAAUGCGGAGUGGCCCCCCGAGCUUAAUGACUACAAUCAAAGAUUCUCCCAUACGCUGCAGCAGAUCAAGCGACGACACGACAGCGUUGUGACGACAGUGGCCCAGGGUAUCUUGGAAUGGAAGCGGGAACGCCAACGCAUGCAGAUCGACCCGACCAUCCAGUCCUUCCUCGACCGGUUCUACAUGUCUCGCAUCGGCAUUCGAAUGCUAAUUGGACAACAUAUUGCCCUCACGGAACAAACCCAUGUGAAACAUCCAAAUUAUGUCGGCAUCAUCUGUACCAAAACCAAUGUGCGCGACAUUGCCUUGGAAGCGAUUGAAAAUGCGCGGUUUGUCUGUGAAGACUAUUAUGGCCUCUUUGAAGCGCCCAAAGUGCAGCUGGUCUGCAAGGACGAUCUCAAUUUCAUGUAUGUGCCGGGCCACCUGUCGCACAUGCUCUUUGAGACCUUGAAAAAUUCCUUGCGGGCGGUCGUGGAGCAGCAUGGGGCCGAUCGCGACGAAUUCCCCGUGACCAAAGUCAUCGUCGCCGAAGGCAAGGAAGACAUCACCAUCAAAGUCUCCGAUGAGGGGGGCGGUAUCCCCCGUUCGUCCAUUCCCUUGGUCUGGACCUACAUGUACACGACGGUUGAACAGACCCCGAGCUUGGAUCCGGACUUUGACAAGAGCGACUUCAAGGCACCCAUGGCUGGCUUUGGGUACGGUUUGCCGAUCAGUCGCUUGUACGCGCGCUACUUUGGAGGUGAUCUGAAGUUGAUCAGUAUGGAAGGAUACGGCACUGACGUCUACCUCCACCUCAACCGACUAUCCUCCAGCUCGGAGCCUUUGCAAUGA